AAAAAUGUGUAUAUGAGAAGCUCUAGCUGUGUGGAAGAAAAUCUCUCCAAAGGCACGAGAAAAGGAAUUUUCACAUAACGAACGAUCCACUCCACACAGGAAAAAAGUGAAUUGGAACAGAAAUAAAUGCUCUCGCGGCGCUCUGCUCCAUUACCCCGUGAGUGAAAGCGUUUGGGAGGAAAUGACGAGGAGACGUAGGAGGAUAUUUCUCAAUUGAAAAAUCUUAAUGUGUGACAAGGCAUUUCUUUUCAUCACACCCAAUUUUCUCACUUGCUCACCGCGAGAGAAUGAUCUUCUCGCACAUACUUGAGGGAAAAUAGUUUUCCCGCAUGCUCAGAGCAAAUAUAAUAUACAUGUAGAAUCGACAAACACAGAAGAAGAUCAUCCAUCCUGUGGGUUCGCUACGGUCAUCCAUAAGAAUUUUCACAUCGUGAUUUCAGUCUACCCGCAGCAGCACAACUUCAACGCCGUCAGCUGCCGGACUUGAUUUUUCCUUAAUUUCUUAGAGUUUAUAUAACCCUACAACCCUCUCAAAAUGUCCGAUGAUGAGGAAUACUCUUCUGAAGAAGAGGAGGUCGUCGAGGAGACUCAUGAGCAGUAAGCCAGCUGCCAAGUCCGAGGGAGAGGCUGGAGAUCCGGAGUUCGUUAAGCGCCAGGAUCAAAAGCGUUCUGAAUUGGAUGAGCAAUUGAAAGAGUACAUCAAUGAGUGGCGCAAGCAGAGAGCAAAGGAAGAGGAUGAGUUGAAGAAAUUAAAGGAGAAACAAGCCAAGCGCAAGGUUACUCGCGCUGAGGAGGAGCAAAGGAUGGCUCAGCGCAAGAAGGAAGAAGAGGAGCGUCGCGUUCGUGAGAUUGAGGAGAAGAAACAACGUGAGAUCGAAGAGAAGCGACAGCGCCUUGAGGAGGCAGAAAAGAAACGCCAAGCUAUGGUGCAAGCCAUGAAGGACAAGGAUAAGAAGGGACCCAACUUUACCAUCACCAAACGCGACACAAGCAGCAUAAACAUGUCUGCUCAGAUGGAUCGCAACAAGUCCAAAGAGCAGCUUGAGGAGGAAAAGAAGAUUUCCCUGUCUUUCCGCAUCAAACCCUUGGACCUGGCGGGACUGAAUGAGAGCAAGCUGCGUACUAAGGCUCAGGAACUCUGGGAGACCAUUGUCAAGCUCGAAACUGAGAAGUAUGACUUGGAAGAAAGGCAAAAGCGUCAGGAUUACGAUUUGAAAGAAUUGAAGGAAAGACAGAAGCAACAACUCCGACACAAAGCUCUGAAGAAGGGUCUCGAUCCAGAGGCUCUUACAGGAAAAUACCCACCCAAAAUUCAAGUCGCCUCCAAAUAUGAACGACGCGUUGACACCCGCUCCUAUGACGAUAAGAAGAAACUCUUUGAGGGUGGAUUUGAAACCCUCAACAAGGAGUAUCUUGAGAAAACUUGGCAUGAUAAGAAAUCUGAAUUCGGUGGUCGUCAGAAGUCCAAGCUACCCAAGUGGUUCGGAGAGCGACCAGGAAAGAAACCCGGAGACGCUGAAACCCCCGAAGGAGAGGAAGAGGGCAAAGUGGAUGAGAUCGAAGAGGAUGAAGUUGAGGAGGUGGCAAUUGAGGAAGUUGAGGAGGAAGUUGUUGAGGAAGAAGAGGAAGAGGAGGAAGAAGAGGAGGAAGAGGAGGAAGAGGAAGAGGAGGAAGAAGAGGAAUAAAUACUACCUUCACAUCUAGGUCAAGUGAAAAAAAAAAGAAAACUCUUUUUUCCCUAUCAAACUCCUAUUUCUCUUUGUUUAUAAAAAACAACAUGGAAAAUCAUCGAAAAUAAAUAAAAAAUGUACCGCUCAAAUUUCCUCGUAUAAAUUAUUUCUUUCCGUAUUAAAAGAAAUUAAGUUAUGUAAUAUCUUUUAAUUUUCAAUCUCUCUGUCUACAUUAUAAUUUUUCUUCGGUCUCACAAUUAAAUUAUUAUAUGACUUUAUUUGUGAAGCAAUUUAUUGAUGAACUAUCACUGUGCAAUGAGAAAAGGAAAGCUAAAGUUUACUUAUAUAAAUAAAAAUUUUCAAUAUU